AUGGGGGCUCCAAACUCGACAAGAGAACCCAUCGCCAUCGUUGGCACAGCUUGCCGCUUCCCCGGUGGAGCAAACACCCCAUCAAAGCUAUGGGACCUCCUCUGCGAGAAGAGAGAUGUGCAGACACCCAUCCCACCGGAACGAUUCAACCCAGAUGCCUUCUACCACAGAAAUGGGGAGAAGAGCGGUUGCACAGACGUCAAGAAGGCCUACCUCUUGACUGAGGAUAUCCGUUCCUUUGAUGCGUCUUUCUUCAAAAUCAACCCAAGGGAGGCUGAGGCUAUGGAUCCUCAGCAGCGGCUGCUUCUUGAAACUGUCUAUGAAGCGACUGAAGCUGCCGGCCUCCCCUAUGAAGACCUCAAGGGGUCCAACACAGCCGUCUACGUUGGCUCCAUGACAGGAGACUACCAUGAGAUGCUCCUUCGUGAUCCUCAGGACAUGCCCAAGUAUAUGGCAACAGGCACUGCUCGAAGUAUCCUCUCAAACCGUGUAUCCUACUUUUUCGACUGGAAAGGUCCAUCCAUGACCAUCGACACAGCAUGUUCGUCCAGUCUUGUUGCCGUACAUGAGGCGGUCACGGCACUCCGCCUAGGAGUAUCAAACAUUGCUUGUGCUGCCGGUGCCAACUUGAUCCUCGGCCCAGAAAUGAUGAUUUCAGAGUCCAAGUUGCACAUGCUCUCACCAACAGGCCGGAGCAAGAUGUGGGAUGCCUCGGCCAACGGCUAUGCCCGAGGUGAAGGUACAGCAGCCAUCGUGAUGAAGACUCUCUCUCAAGCACUGAGUGAUGGAGACCAUGUCUACGGAAUCAUCCGCGAGACUGGCGUGAACUCAGAUGGACAUACCAAUGGCAUUACCCUACCAAGUUCAGAGUCCCAGAAGACUCUGAUUAGGCAAACCUAUGCCAAUGCCGGUCUCGACCUCAUCAAAGAGCGAUGUCAGUUCUUCGAGGCUCACGGGACAGGUACCCCUGCCGGUGACCCCAUCGAGGCCCGGGCCAUUCAUGAAGCCUUCUUUGAAGACGCUACAGGCAGUUCGGAUCAGAUGUUUGUCGGCUCUGUAAAGACCGCUAUUGGACAUCUGGAGGGUUGUGCCGGUCUCGCUGGCCUAAUUAAAGCUCUUGAGGCCGUUCGGAGAGGCGUUAUCCCUCCCAACCAACUCUUCAAGAACCUCAACCCUGCCCUCAAGCCUUUUGCAGGCAACCUCUCCAUUCCCACAGAGACACUGCCUUGGCCACAAGUCGCUCCUGGAACACCCCGUCGUGCAAGUGUCAACUCUUUUGGUUUUGGAGGAACCAAUGCCCACGCCAUCAUCGAAAGCUUUGACAGCACACCUCAACCGCCCCCUACAGGAGGCAUCCUCUCUUACCCCCUUAUUCUUUCUGCCAACUCGGAAAAGUCUCUCCGAAGACAGAUCUCUCAACUACAUGACACACUGCAAAACGCUGGAGAAGGGGAAGUCCAGGACACCCUCUACACCCUAGCACAGAGACGGUCUCAGCUUCCAGCCAGAACCUUCUUCUCAGGUCAUACUCAGGAAGAGCUUUUGAAGAAACUUAGUGCUGCAUCAGCUGAAGAUGCUACUAUUACAGUUGCCAGCCAAGAGACUACAAAUCAGACUCCACGCAUCCUUGGCGUUUUUACUGGUCAAGGUGCUCAGUGGCCGACUAUGGGUCGUGAGAUUCUGAAGUCUUCUGCCUUUGCACGGGACCUCAUCAUAAGGCUAGAGACCUCACUUGCGAGCCUUCAAGAACCGCCAACCUGGACACUGUCCGAACAGAUUCUCGCAGACCCCGAGAGUUCUCGGCUGGGUGAGGCCGCCGUCUCCCAGCCCGUUUGUACUGCAGUCCAGCUUAUGCUGGUCGAGUUACUUCGCAAAGCUGGCAUCACCUUCGGUACUGUGAUUGGCCACUCGUCCGGGGAGAUUGCCGCUGCUUAUGCAGCCGGCUUCCUUACCCCUGAGGGUGCCAUCCGUAUUGCCUACUGCCGUGGUGUGUGCGCCAAGCUUGCUGGCGGGGAAGAGGGACAGAAGGGCUCCAUGAUGGCUGUGGGCCUUUCUUAUGAAGAGGCUGCUUGCUUCUGUGAGGACUACUUCCCUGGUCGUAUCGGCGUCGCUGCUAGCAACGCUCCCAGCAGUGCCACACUGUCAGGAGACAAGGAUGCCAUCUUGAAGGCCAAGGCACUUCUGGACGAGCAAGGAACGUUUGCUCGCGUCUUGAAGGUCGAUACGGCGUAUCACUCUCGCCACAUGCAGCCUUGUGCCGAACCCUACAUGGCACUUCUUCGCGAGUCAAACAUCCAGCUCUUGCCUGGUGAUGACUCUUGCGAGUGGUUCUCGAGUGUCAUUGGGGAGCGUAUGAGUGCCUUCACUCAUGGUCAGCUAUUGACAGGCGAGUACUGGGUUGAGAACAUGGUCAAGCCUGUACUCUUCACGCUUGCCUCAGAGCUUGCAGCCGAUAGCAAGCUACCAUGCCAUGUCGCCCUCGAGGUUGGUCCUCAUCCAGCUCUCAAGGGUCCCUUUAGCCAGACAUACAAGCGGGCUACGGGUUCUCAGCUGCCCUACCAGGGAGCGUUGACGCGAAAUUUGCACGACGUUGAGGCUCUCAGCGAUGCCCUCGGCUUCAUCUGGGCUCGCCUUGGCAAGUAUGCUGUCAACUUUGCCAGCUACGCCGAGUUGUUCUCAGUGUCAAAGGCGAGCUUGUCAACAAACCUGCCUUCCUACCCAUGGGAUCACUCUCAGUCUUUCUGGAAGGAAUCUCGCAAGUCUGCCAACUUCCGUCAACGCACAAGCCCGCCGCACCCACUCCUAGGCACUCGCUCAACAGAAGAUGCAACACAAGACUUGAGAUGGCUCAACAUUUUGCACCUGGAUGACGCCCCCUGGCUAGAGGGCCACAAGGUUGAAGGUCUUGUGGUCUACCCUGCCGCCGCAUACCUUGUCAUGGCGAUGGAGUCUGCCAAGUCAAUCGACGAGACUAAGACCAUCCAACUAGUCGAACUCUUCGAUGUUCAGAUUCUCAGUGCUAUUCAGCUGAGCCAGGACUCGCAAGGCGUGGAGACCCUGUUUACGCUUGAGAUUGACGACGUCAGCUCUGCCGUUGCCACUGCGAGGUGGUCGCUAUUCACCUCCUUGGUCGGACGAGGUAGUAACUGGAAGUGCAAUGCCAAGGGCCACUUGCGUGUUGAGUUUGGCUCCGAGGUACAAGACUCGCUUCUGCCGUCGCGUAACCCUCCUGUGGCAUCCCUAACCUCCGUCGACAUGGAGCGCUUCUACACCUCUCUGGCCGAGAUUGGCCUGGAGUACACGGGCGCCUUCAAGCACCUGGCCAAUGUCCAAAGACAAUCGGGCUUUGCUACCGCCAAGGCCAGUCAGAUGAGCACUGACUUUUCGGCGAUGAUCCAUCCUGCUCUGCUUGACUCAGCCUUCCAAUCACUCUUUGCGGCGUACUGCUGGCCCGAUGAUGGUAGCCUUGCUGCACCGUUUGUGCCAACAUUCUUCAAGAGUCUGCGCAUCGUGAGCCUUGACUAUGUCGAGAACGAUCAAGAGCUGACAAUUGACUCGUAUCUGACGGAUACGAAUGAUCGAGAGAUCACUGCCGACCUCGAUAUCUUCACCAGCGACAAUGAAAAGCCCCUGCUCCAACUUCAAGGCUUGACCUGCACAUCAUUGCUCAGGCCUGGACCCAGCAACGCCAAGGAGCUAUACACGCAAACCAAGUGGGAGGUCGACAUCAGCUGUGCCGUCGCCUCGCUCGAUGUCCAACAGCACGAUGCUGCAGAGGAUCUAGAUCUCGUCGAUCUGUGCGAGCGCCUGUCGUACUAUUACUUGAGGGAGCUCAACCGAAAGGUCGACCGCAGCGAGGUUCCUGUCAUGGAUUGGCACUUCCAGCGCAUCUUUGAGUGGAUCGACUACCUCUUCCCAAUCAUCGAAGCCGGCAAGCACACCACGGUCCGAAAGGAGUGGUCAGCAGAUGAAGGGUCGUGGCUCCUCCAACAGGCUUCCAAGUUCCCCGACCAAAUCGAUCUUCUGCUUAUCCAAGCCGUUGGUGAGAAUCUGACUGAAGUUGUGCGCAAGGAGACCACCAUGUUGGAACACAUGGUCCGCAACGAUGUGCUCAACCGCUUCUACAAGUUCGGCCUGGGCUUCCAGCGUGCCAACGGUUAUCUCAGCCGGAUCUCGAAGCAGAUCGCUCAUCGAUACCCACGGAUGAAGAUCCUCGAGAUCGGUGCCGGAACUGGUGGUGCGACCAAGGGCAUCCUCGAGUCUCUCGGGUCCACCUUUGAGAGCUACACAUUCACCGACAUCUCCACAGGUUUCUUCGAAGCUGCUGCCGAGGCCUUCGAGCCGUGGGUAUCGAAGAUGAUCUUCAAGCCUCUCAAUGUGGAGAACGAUCCGGUUGAGCAGGGUUUCCCAGAGGCGCAGUACGACUUCAUCGUCGCUUCCAACGUACUCCACGCCACAAAGUCGCUCUCGACCACCAUGCGCAACGUGAGACGACUGCUCAAGCCUGGCGGUCAGCUCUUGCUUCUUGAAGUCACAAGUGACAUUGUGCGUGUGAGGUUGAUGAUGUCUGGUCUUUCUGGAUGGUGGCUCGGCGGUGACGAUGGUCGUCGAUAUGCACCCACGAUCACUGUGCCUGAAUGGGACUCGUUGCUGCGAUCAACUGGGUUCUCUGGUGUUGAUCACACAGUCAACGAUUUUUACGACCCCUCGAAGUACAUGACCUCGGUGAUGCUGUCGCAGGCUGUCGACGACAACCACGUUCCGGUCCUCCGACAGCCCCUCGUCAGUGCUCUCGAUUGGCUCCCUCAACGAUGCAUCACGAUGAUCGGCGGGAAGAACAACAUUGCCCAGCAAAUCUCACAGGCUUUGCUUGCGAUGAAUGGUGCUUCGCCGGAUCUGAUCAACCAUGUCGAUUCGUUCGAGCAGCUUGCUUCCAAGCCCGAGUUGCCCCUGCGAGCUGUUCUUAUCCUCGAAGAUCUCGACGAGCCGGUCCUCAAGAGUCUCACAUCGGAGAAGCUUGCCGGCCUGCAAAGGACCAUCAACGACUCCCGUCAGAUCCUUUGGGUGUCCAAGGGCUGCCAGAAGGACGAACCAUAUGCCAACAUGUCGACGGGUCUAUGCCGCAGUCUCGCCUCGGAAUAUCCUCACAUCCAGCUCCAGCAUAUUGACAUCGAGACCGACCUGGACUCAUUGGCUUUAUCUCGAAUUGUCGAGGCUCUGAUCAGGAUCGUGUACAAGGCGUCGCUCAAGCAAGAGGACGAUCUCCUGUGGUCGCAUGAGGCUGAACUCAUUUUGGAAGACGAGGGACGAUGGCUGAUUCCUCGAAUCCUCCCCGAUGACAGGCUCAAUGAUCAUCUCAAUGCCGGCAAGAUGAAGAUCAAGACCAAUGCUUCGCUGGCAGACACGCCUGUCGAGAUCCAGCAGGCCGGCAGUCAGUGGUUCAUCUCUCAGUCCGUUCCCUCACUACCAAUCUCGGACAACACAAACCAUGUGCGCAUCGAGAUCAGCUAUUCGACACUGCACGCUGUCUGUGUUGGAGGUAGUCGAGUAUACUUGAGCUACGGCCAUAGAGUGGCCGGAUCGACCGCUCCCGUCAUUGCUCUCUCGCAGACAGCCGGGUCCAUCAUCUCGGUGCCUGAAUCGCAAGUCUUUGAUGUGCUGCAAGGUUUCGAUAUUGACCAAUCAGCUUCACUGCGUAGUCUUGCACUCGCAGCCAUCGUGGAGAGUGUCUUGGCUGAGUGCGAAUCUGGCGUUGCGAUUAUCGUCCAUGAGGCAGACGAAUACCUGGGAGCGGCUUUUGAGAUAAAGUGUCACGAAAUUGGUCUCGAGCUCGUCCUAACAACUUCUAAAAUAGGUAACAAGGAUGGUGCCAUCUUCAUCCAUCCUCUUGCUCCCGAACGAGUCGUCAAGAAGGUGUUGCCGCAUGUCAAGGUGGCAGUUGUCGUUGACCUCUCGGGUAGGGACUACAGCGCUGUGGACUCCCCACUCCGACGUCACGUGCCCUCAACCACCAAAUUCUUCGAGCUGUCGAACUUGAUUGGGAGCGUCACGUGCGACCUUAGCAACCUCAACAUCCAACGUGUUCAAGACGCGGUUGAGUCCUCGUUCAAGUCUCCUUCCGAUGGCCCUGCCGUCAAUAUCUCGGAGGUUCCCGGCCUUCAGGCCUCAGAAACUGCCUAUGCCACUGUGGUAGACUGGUCGACCGAGAAGCCAAUCCCAGUCCAAGUCCAGCCGCUGCAGGCAAACCGUCUUUUGCGAAGCGACAGGACGUACCUCUUGGCCGGCUGCACGGGUGGUCUUGGAAAGGCUCUCUGCCGAUGGAUGGUCGCUGCUGGUGUUCGGCAUCUCGCUCUAACCACUCGCAAUGUUGAGGCUAUCGACAAGGUCUGGCUUGAAGGGCUUCGUCUGCAGGGUGCCGAUGUCAGAUUGUUCCAGCUAGACGUGGGCGACAAGACUGCCCUGGAGCAUGCCCAUGCUCAAGUCAAGGCAGAGAUGCCUCCGAUUUGUGGUGUCGCGAACGCUGCCAUGGUUCUGUCUGAUCGCUCCUUUGGUGAACUCAGGGUCGGCGACUUUCACAAGGUCUUUGGGCCCAAGGUUCGGGGCACGCAAAACCUGCAUGAGCUGUUCGAGGACGAGCCAUUGGACUUUUUCAUUAUGUUCUCCUCUCUGGCUAGUGUGGUCGGUAACCGAGGACAGGCAAACUAUGCCGCCGCCAAUCUGUUCAUGACAGCAGUUGCCGAGCAGCGACGGGCAAAGAACCUUGCAGCGUCGGUCAUCCAUAUCGGCAUGAUCCUCGGUGUGGGCUAUGUGUCGUCCACUGGCGCAUACGAGGCGACCUUGAGACAGUACAACUACAUGCCCAUCUCCGAGCCUGACUUCCUCAACAUGUUCUCCGAAGCCAUCCUGGUUGGUCAGCCAGGAUCAAGCCACGCCCCGGAGCUCAUCACCGGCCUCAACCGAUACAGCCUGCAGGAAGAUGCCCCCAAGUUCUUCUGGCAUGAGAACAUGCGCUUCUCUCACCACACCCUGGAAGAGCAACAUCAAGAAUCGACAUCCACCACCAAGGCCUCCAUCUCUCAGCGUCUUGCUCAAGUUCAAACACCCGCUGAAAUGCUCGAAGUCGUGGAAGAAGAGUUCUGCACCAAGUUGGAACGAAUGCUUCAGGCCGAGAGUGGCACGAUCAAGGUCUCUCAGCCCUUGAUGAGCCUGGGAGUUGACUCGUUGAUCGCCGCUGAGAUCCGGUCUUGGUUCUUCAAGGAGCUUGAUGUCGAUAUGCCGGUUCUGGAGAUUCUCAACACUGCAUCGGUUGCCGAGAUCUGCUCCACUGCCGUCGCAAGUCUUGCGACUCUUCCUCCCCAAGAGCAAGCCGACACAAAGACCCUGGUUACGAGCGAAGCUGUGCAGUCCCUCAAUGCUGUCUCUGGAAACGGGUCCUCAUCCUCUCGAGCGCCUACUGAGUUCAACUCGUCCACUCUCAAGAGCGGUGCGCAGUCUACCCAAGGAACAAGUGUUUCUGGUGACAAGGAUACGAGCUCUGUCGAUGGAAGCGCCAAGGUCGAACGGAAUGGACCACUGUCAUUUGCUCAGGAGCGAAUUUGGUUCUUGCAACAGUAUCUGCAAGAUGCCACCACAUUCAACGUCACGAUGGCGUAUCGCAUCACUGGACCCCUGCGUGUGAAUGACCUGGAGAGUGCUUUCCAGAAGGUUAUCCAGCGCCAUGAAUCCCUCCGGACUGGCUUCUACAUGGAUGCUGAAACGACCGUCCCAACUCAGAUCAUCUAUGAGCAGUCACCAUUCGGGUUGGAGCAGCGCAACGACUCCGAUAUCACCAAGGAAUUUGAGGAACUGCAGAACACUAACUACGACUUGGAGAAUGGUCGUGUGCUUAAGGCCAUUGUGUUGACCGAGCCCGACACGGAUGAGCAUAUCCUGCUUGUUGGCUUCCAUCACAUCGCCUUGGAUGGCUUUAGUGCCCAGAUUCUAGUCCGCGACCUGGCAAUCGCUUACGCCGGAGGCAAUCUUGCCCCUCUGGACAAGGGAUACUUGGACUUUGCUGUGGACCAACGAGCUGCAGUCUACCCGGCCGAAACCCUGCAGUACUGGAAGACAGAGUUUGAGACUCUUCCCCCGGCUUUGCCUGUCUUUGACUUUGCUGAGACCAAGACCCGGCUGCCUUUGACUGACUACAAGACGCGGGUAUCUGAGCGGACACUGCAGCCUGAUGUUGCUGGCAAGGCAAAGUCUGCUGCUAGGGCUCUUGCUGCGACACCCUUCCAUGUUUACCUUGCUGCCCUGCAGGUUCUCUUGAGCGACUUUGCCUCAACUCAAGAUGUGUGCAUUGGCAUCACCGAUGCCAACAAGAACGAUGCUGCCCACAUGAACACAAUUGGCUUCUUUGUCAACCUCCUUCCAUUGCGUUUCCAACUGUCUGCUUCCCAGACACUGGCUGAGCUCGUUUCCAACACCAAAGCCAAGGCUAAUGGCGCCCUCACUCACUCUCGUCUGCCUUUCGACGUUCUUCUCGAUGAGCUCAAGAUUCCCCGGUCGACCUCACACAGCCCGCUCUUCCAGGUCGUAUUGAACUUCAAGAUGGGAUCGACGCAGACGGUGCCCCUUGCUGAUUGCCAAGCUGAGGUUAUCGACUUCAAGGAUGUCAAUAACCCAUACGAUUUGGCGUUUGACAUUGAGACCUACCCCGAUGGCUCGACCUCGAUCAGUGUCAAGAGCCAAGAGUACCUGUACACCAAGAAUGAGCUCGACCUCAUCCUCGAGUCUUACAUCAACCUCCUCAGUUUCUUUGAAAAGGACUCAUCCAAGACCUUGGAACAAGUCUCGCGAUGCACUCCCGAUGAGGCCCAGAAGGCUCUGACACUGGGACGCGGAGAGAGGAUUCCCUCGCCAUCCUUUGACACUCUUUCACACUACUUCGAGGACUGGGUCAAGAGGCAGCCCGAUGCUAUCGCGAUUCGCGAUGACCAGGGAACGACUUUGUCCUAUGGUCAACUCAAGUCGUUCGUUAACAACAUUGCUGCCACCCUAGAAAAGUCUGGCUUGACGCCUGGCGCACGUGUUGGAGUCUACUGCGAGCCAAGCAUCUUCAUCAUUGCGUCACUGUUGGCGAUUGCGGAGGUUGGCGGAGUCUACGUGCCGCUGGAUCCUCAGAACCCCAUCAAGCGGCUACAGCUCAUUGUCGAUGACUGCGAGCCAGAGAUCCUUCUCUUCGACGAGUCGACUAAGGAGUCGGCACCCAAGCUUCAGACCAAUGCAAGCCUCAUCAACAUCUACAACGUUCGACGACUGCCAUCGAGCGCGGCCGUCACGAACCACGCUCAAGGAUCGGGUAUGGCCUACAUGUUCUACACCAGUGGCACAACAGGCGUCCCCAAGGGUGUCGCCCUGACUCACGCCAACCUGGUUCACCACAUAGACUCCAUCAUUCACUUCUACGGCAUCAAGCGAGGCACCAUGCUUCAGCAGGCACCUUUGGGAUUUGACAUGUCUCUCACGCAAAUGUCUCUGUCAACUAUGCUGGGCGGAACGCUCGUGGUAGCUUCCCGCGAAGCUCGGAAGGACCCUCUGCAACUCGCCAAGCUGGUGUUGUCUGAAAGGGUCACUCACACAUUCAUGACGCCCACUCUAGCCGUUGCCCUGAUCCACCAUGGCUAUGAGUACCUGGUCAAGUGUGUCGACUGGGAGUUUUCUCUUCUUUCUGGUGAAGCCUUCCGUGGGCAUGUCAUCAGUGAGUUUCAACGACUUGGUCUUCCGCAACUUAAGCUUUUCAACGGCUACGGGCCAACCGAGAUCACCAUCAAUAGCAGCAGUGGUCUGAACGAGCUUGAUCCUGCGGCGCCUCGAGACACCCGAAACCCCACAAUUGGUCUCACGCUGCCCAACUACUCCUGCUACAUCCUGGACGAGGACCUCAAGCCAGUUCGUCCUGGUCAUGCGGGCGAGCUGUUUGUGGGCGGCGCAGGCAUUGCAGUCGGGUACCUUCGAAGGGAUGAACUCAACAAGGAAAGAUUCCUUCCUGAUCCAUUUGCAUCUCCAGAAGAUAUCGCCCGAGGCUGGUCGCGUAUGUACCGCACGGGCGACAAGGCAAAGUUCCUCCCUGAUGGAAGAAUCGUCUUCUUGGGACGCAUUGCAGGCGAUUCACAGAUCAAACUUCGAGGAUUCCGAAUUGAGCUCGAGGACAUUGCCAACACCAUUGUCAAGAGCUCAGGCGGUGUCGUGUCUGAGGCGGCGGUCUCUUUCCGACAGGGCGUCAACGGCCCAGAUGACAGCGCCUUUCUCGUCGCUUUCGCUAUCAUCUCCCAGACCAACCGCCCUGAGGAUCCAUUUGCUUUCUUCAAGCAGCUUUUGAAGGAUCUGUCUCUUCCUCGAUACAUGAUUCCUGCCAAGAUUGUCCAGGUCGAGCAGCUGCCCAUGGGCCCUACUGGCAAGCUGGAUCAGACCGCUCUUGAUGCGAUGCCCAUUCCUCAGCAUGAUGAGGUCCAUGAAGAGACUCUCACAGCAACCCAAGAGAGGCUCAAGGCUUUGUGGUUCGAGGCCCUGCCUGCCGUUGCACCUGGUGCUUUCAUCGGCUCUGAGACAGACUUUUUCGAGGCUGGUGGUAAUUCCCUCCGCAUCGUCAUGCUGAGGGAGCACAUCGCUCGUGAGUUUGGAGUCGUGGUCUCGGUGUUUGACCUUUUCCAGGCUAGCACACUGGGUGGGAUGGCUGCAAAGAUUGAUGGUUCUACUGGAGCAGAUGACCAACCUAUCAUCUGGGAAGAAGAGACCCGGGUUGAUAUCCCUUCUGGUCUCGAAACGCCAGAUGAACCUGCUAUUCUUGACGGCGAUGAAAUUGAGGUGGCUCUGACUGGUGCCACUGGUUUCCUCGGACUUGCUAUCCUCAAGUCCUUACUGAAGGACGCGCGAAUUUCUCGCGUCCACUGUCUCGCAGUCAGGUCUCCCAGCAAAGCGGGAGACGAUGUUUUUAAAUCCCCUCGGGUCGUUGUUCAUGCUGGCGACCUAUCAUCUCCCCGACUGGGCUUGCCUGAGGAUGAGUUCGACACGCUGUCCAAGAAGCUCGACAGCAUCAUUCACAACGGAGCCGAGGUGUCGUUCUUGAAGUCUUAUCAGUCUUUGAAGAAGGCCAAUGUCUCAUCAACAAGGGAGCUUGCCCGAUUGGCUAGUGGUCGGCAGAUUCCCUUCCACUUUGUCUCAACUGGUGGUGUUGUCAACCUCACUGACCACGACGGCCUGCCUGAGAUCUCUGUGUCUGGCUUUAAGCCGCCAAUUGAUGGAACGGAGGGCUACGCGGCUUCGAAGUGGGCCUCUGAGGUUAUCCUCGAGAGUCACGCAGAGAGAGCUCAUUUGCCAGUCUGGAUUCACCGUCCGGCAAACAUCACUGGGGCUGCAGCACCUGCUACCGAUCUGAUGGGAAGUAUCCUCCAGUACUCAACCAAGAUGCAGUCUCUGCCGGAGAUCUCGAACUGGAGUGGCUCAUUUGACUUUGUUCCUGUCGAGCAAGUGGCUGACGAGAUCGCUGCCUCAAUUCACGAAAGCAGAAGCUCAGUGCCAGUUUACAGACAUCACUGUGGCGAUCGUAAGAUCUCUGUCAGCGAGCUUCCUGCGCACCUUGAGGCUGAAAUUGGUGCCAAGAUGGAGAUGGUUGGAGUUGACGAAUGGUUGGCUGGAGCAAGAAGCACUGGCCUCGACGAAAGGACGGCCCUGCUGGUAGAGAAGAUGUUGAGUGGUGAGAAUGGGGGUACUGUCCCUUGGCUUCGAAAAGGAGAGUAG